AUGGCUCCCUCAGCUGUGAACGUCCCUGCUCCCGGUAUAUCCUUCUUCACUCCCGCCCAGACCCCUCCUGCUGGCACCGCCAUUCCCCAGCCAGAUGGCAAACCGAUCCCAACUCUAUUUCAGCCACUUACCAUCCGCGGAGUGACUUUUCAGAACAGAAUCUUUCUCUCGCCCUUAUGCCAAUAUUCAGCUCAAGAUGGCUUCAUGACCCCGUGGCAUACCGGUCAUCUGUGUUGGCACAAGUGCGCCAUUUGCGCCAUGGCAAGUGCCAACGCAAGUGCCAUUGUGCCGAAGGGAUGCUGGGACAUACGGCCCAAUUUCUGUGUUCCAGGCUUAUAA